AUCGAACGUCCUCCGUGACGAUUCUUUCAUACCAAUAUUUUUUCUCAUGCGCAUUCUAACUCGGUGGUCGCACGCACGAUUCUCCUCUCCUCUCCCCACUCCUCUGCCCACUCUCUCUCUCUCUCCCCCUCCCUCUCUCCUAUCAUCUAUCCAUCCACCCAUCUCCAUGCACCAACAUCCAUGCAUCCAAACAUCAAUGCAUUUCCUUCUUCCUUGUUUCUCCCCUUUCGAUUAAUUUGUCACGUUCAUCUUCCUCUCUCUCUCUCUCUCUCUCUUUUUUCCUUUUUACGCGCGCCUUUGACAAUUUCGUUUAGUGGUUACUGCUGUUGACACAGCGAUCACCUCGCGCGCUCCUUCUGUCUUUCUCCCUCUCCCUCUCUCUCUCUCUCUUUCUCUCUCUCUCUCUCUCCCUCUCUCCUCUCCCUCUUUAACUCUCUCUCUUAUGUACGUUCGUUCUUUAAUACACUCGAACGACGAUCGCUAAAAUCCUGGCUACCCAUUGUGCCGCUCAACCGAACGAUCGACCAUUCCCUUUCGGUUUUGACUGUAAACGAUCAGCUAAUGUCUUCUCAUAGAUCGAGGCUAAAACGCGGUAUAAUGAUGGUGCACAGCGAUUUGCGCAUCCCUUCAUGCCACGUCUCAUUUUCUACUCAUCCUCUAUCUCUCUCUAUCUCUAUCUCUAUCUCUACCUUUCUUUCUUUUUCACGCGCGCAUUUUAUCUAUCCGGUUUAUUACGUGGUGAUGUUGUUGGGUUAAGUCAAACUAAUAGAAACCACCAACGACGAAGACGACGUCGACAUAUCAGCCAACGUCAACGUCGUGCGCCGCGCGGCGACGCGUCGCAUGUGUUUGGGGAUUUUCUUUCUCUCUCUCUCUCAUUCACGCGAAGAAGAAAAAAGAAGGAGAGUUGGGUUUUUCGUUGGGCCAAGCGGAUGGCCGAGUAGCAGCAACAGCAAUCGCGAUACGGCUGUCGUCGUCGUCGUCGUCAUCGUCGUCGUCUACGACGUUAAUGGAGGAUCGUGACAAGACGCUCGACAGUUUCGUGACUGUGCAACUUCGUCAUCAAUCUCGUGGCAGCAGUUACUUUGCUUGCGCUAGAGUCGAUUCCUCCUCCUCUUCCUCUUUCCUUAUUACAUUUCCUUCAUCUUUCUUUUCCUAUUUUUCGUCUAUCGGUACUAUACAACGGCGAAAACGACGACAACAACACUGUCGACGGACGCAACUCGCAUGUCAAUUUUUAUGUCAUCAACCACCUAUACUUCUCGUCAAUUACCAUCGUCUUCGUUGGAUUUCCAUAGUACAGUGACGUUGUUAUUAUCGUUUAAGUUUGUUCUGGCAAAAAACGCAAGAUCGUAUCUACCUCCUCUUCUUCUUCUACUUCUUCACCUCUUCUAUAUUCUCGCUUUUGGCAUCGUAUCUGCCAUCGCCUAUACGCCUACGUUGUCGUUACUGUCUGCUACCGCUGCUAUCGUCGUCAUCGUCGUCGUCGUCGUCGUCGUUGUUGCCACCGCCACAUCGUCGUCAUCGUCGCCACCACCCGCCAUCAUCACCACCACCACUACCACUACUAUUACUACUACUACUAUACUACUCCACCACCACCACCGUGUUAGACGCAAACUGGCAGAGUUACUAGGAUGUGGCGUAUCGGAGGAGAUGGAACGUAUCAUCUUAAAGUAUUGGUCCCUGGUGUGGCUGCCGGAGCCAUUAUUGGUAAAGGUGGAGAAACUAUUGCCCAGCUUCAAAAGGAUACAGCAGCAAGAGUAAAAAUGUCUAAAUCGCAUGACUUUUAUCCAGGCACUACCGAAAGAGUAUGUUUAAUAACUGGUAGCGUAGAAGCCAUAAUGGCUGUUAUGGAUUUCAUUAUGGAAAAAAUUCGAGAAAAGCCAGAUCUUACAUCUAAAACCACAGUGGAUUUUGAAUCCGGUAAAGCAAUGGCAGAAAGAGACAAACAGGUAAAGAUCUUAGUGCCUAACAGCACUGCAGGGAUGAUUAUAGGAAAAGGUGGUAAUUACAUAAAACAAAUUAAAGAAGAAUCUGGAUCUUACGUGCAAAUUAGUCAGAAAGCUAAAGAUUUAUCGCUUCAAGAACGAUGUAUCACUGUAAUAGGUGAAAAAGAAAAUAAUCGAAAUGCAUUAUUGAUGAUCCUAGCAAAGGUAGCAGAUGACCCACAAAGUGGUACAUGUUUGAACGUCAGUUACGCAGAUGUAAGUGGGCCAGUUGCCAAUUACAAUCCUACAGGCAGUCCCUAUGCUCAAGCUCCAACAAGUACACCUACGUACACUUCCACUGCUGGUCUUAAUACAGUAAGUCUCUUGAAUGGCGCUGGACUGAGCCUUAACUUGAACUUAGGUGCUGCUAUCACUGCUGGUACAGCUCCAGUAACAACGCAACUUUUAGAACAUAUAAAGUUGAACCUGCGUACAACAGGUUUCUCAGAACCUGCUGCUACUGAAAUUUUAACCGCUAUCGCUACUCUCGCAAAGUACAAUAUCCUUGGGAUGGGUAUUGGAAUGCCCUCGAGUAUGAGUUAUUUGGGAAAUCCAAUGGAUAAUGCUACAACAGCCAAUGGUUCUAACAAUAAUGGUGGGGUCUUUGGGCCAAUUGGAACAGUUCCUGCGCUGGGAUCAACUUCGCCUACUCCACGCACUACCCUUGAUAGAUACGAGCCCUUUGAUCCGUUUAGACAGAACAACACUGCUGCCAGUGCUAUUCAUCUGAACAACAAUUCAUUUGGUCUGGGCACUAACCAGCUAUCACUUGUAAGUAAGAGUCCUACACAGGUAGACGCCAACAACAAGGAGACCAAGAAAGUAGACAUAGAAAUUGCAGAGGUUAUAGUGGGAGCUAUUCUGGGACCCGGUGGUCGUGCCCUCAUUGAGAUUCAGCACCUAAGUGGCGCCAACAUACAAAUCUCUAAGAAAGGCAUGUUUGCCCCUGGUACCAGGAACCGCAUAGUGACUAUCACGGGUUAUCCCAAUGCGAUCGGCACUGCUCAAUACUUGAUCGAGCAGAGGAUCAGUGAAGAGGAAGCAAAACGAGCACGUCAAAAUGCCAUCGCCAGUAUGAUUCAUUGAUUUCAAGUACAACAUUCUUGAUCAUCUCCAUUAUCAGGCUCCGUUGUUCGCCUCUUCACACUUUGAGAUGCUUCGGCAGCUCCUUUCUCCCUUCUUUAACACUUGUCCACUACCACCACCUACCACCCGUUGUCAUCUAUCGCUGCAUCACUAUAGCGCUUGCAUUCUCUCAUCACUAUUCAUGCAUCCAUCAUGGCUCGUCACACAACAUUGAUAUAUCUUUUAAGGUUAUUAUGAUAUAAAUAUUAUAUGUUAUAUGAUAACUACUACAAUUGUUCUGUGAUACACCACAUUACGGGGCUUUAUCACAUAUAAUACACACAUACUACAUCAGAGUCACAUAAUAUAUCUAGUUAUACGAUAUAAUAUAUUGACAGGUGAUCUGACAAAACUGCUAUGAACUAGAUGUGACCACAAACUUUUAAGAUAUGUGGCAGAUGCUACGGAGAAUCAUCUUUCUUCUUUCUGUUUUAAAUAAUAUAUAUUGACUGAAUAUUACUCGAAAUUUAUGUCAUACAGAACUCAUUUGAAAGUCUUUUAAAUGAGACGUGAGUAUUUCACGCUGAGUUUCAGAAAGAAAGACAAAAAAUCACUUUUGUUGUUUGAUUUUUCAUCAAAAAACCAUAUCUAAAUUAUUACGUUAAAAAUUGUUCCUUGAAUAGCAAAUGUCUAGGCUAAACAAGAUCUUACUCGCUUAACAUCUUGUUCAAAGAAAUGUGUUAAGUAUAGAGUAAUACCUUGCCAAAACCAAAGAUUUUCCAUAUACAAGUUAAAGAUGGACUUGGCUUGAAGUUAAAUAUGCAUACAGAAUAAGAGCUAUUCUAAAUAUGAACAUAUAUUUAUAUAUAUAUAUCAAAGCUGGCUGGACCAGUUGAGUACAUAAAGAAUAAUCAUGAACUGUUGCCAAGUAUCAUUUUUAACUCGAAAUCGUUGGAUUCACGCAUUAAUAGAAUUUAUCUAUUUUGUGUAAUAUUUAGAUAAGUACACUCAAAAGUAGUCUAAUUUUUGACUUUAUUAUUCAUCAUAUACUCACUUAUAACAGUAAAAGCCUAUAUGAUCAUGUCCAUUUAAAUGAUUUCUUUUCUUAUUAUAAUAACAAACAUUUCCAUAGCUUAACUGUACAGUUGGUGGUCCUUGUUUUUUUUUUCCUUUUUUUUCUUACAUAAAUAUUAUCAUAUUAAACACUCAUAUUAUUAUCUUUAAUUUUCAGAUAUAUAUAUAUACCUAUAUAUGUAUUAAUUAAAUAUGAACCUGAAUUUAAUAUAUUACUAGAAAAUUUUUAUCUUAUCUCACAAUAUAGUAAUAAAUAGAAUUAACAUGAUAAAACACAUAAAUAAAUACAUACAUUAUACUAUAUUGUACAUUAUCUACAUUGUAAAAAUAUUUUUUGCGCAUAUUUGUGCGCAAAUUAUUGUUAUUUGAUAACACUGCUUUUAUUCACCAUACAAUUUUUUAUAUAAAAACAUUUGCUAUUUGAUUGGAAUUAUGUCAUAUACAUAAAUACAUACAUACAUACAUACAUACAGAACAUACAUACAUACAGAACAUACAUACAUACAUACAGAACAUACAUACGUAUACUUCAUGAUUCAUCGCAUUAUCAACAAAUUAUAUAAGUUUCUUAGAUACGAGAGUGAAAUACAAUCACGUCAUACAUUCCUGAGAUCUGUAUGACAGAGUUUAUGUAGAAUCUUGUCAAGUUUAUUCGUAUUAAAUCUGAGCAAAACUCAAAGCAGACCCAUAAUUAAAAUUCCUGUUUUUUUAAACAGAGCAGGGGUCAUUGUUUAAUAAGGGGAAAAUAAAAAGAGAAAGAAAAUAUAUAGAAAAAACUAUUUGGAACUCUUGUUUCAAUAUGGUGGUGUUCGAUCGAAUGCAGUCUGUAUUUUCUUUUUUAUAAAAGAGAAUAAUACUGACGUUUAAAAUCACUUUAUCUUUGCGGAUAGGUAAUAAGACGGGGGUGAUAUAAGAUAGGUGGUUAAUUAAUAAUGGGUAUAGAAAAACUAGCGAGUAAAAUUAUUUAGCUGUAGCGUCUAAUGAUGAAAUGUAUAAGUGUACAUGAGUACAAUUCAUAGCUGGAGGCGCUGGCUCACCACUCUUAAAAAUAAUGACUUGUAUAUUUAUAAAUAUCGCAUAACAUGAAUAAUAACAGUAA